AUUACUCAUACCAAGGGUUUCACAGCAGAGGACAGCAGCUCAGCCUCCAGGCUAGCUCAGUCUGGACCCUGCGGGAAUAUUUGAGCUGGUGCAGGUUGUUGGAAAUGGGACAUAUGGACAAGUCUAUAAGGGUCGCCAUGUUAAGACUGGGCAGCUGGCAGCAAUCAAAGUGAUGAAUGUUACUGAGAAUGAGGAGGAGGAAAUCAAGCUGGAGAUAAAUAUGCUGAAAAAGUACUCCCAUCACCGGAAUAUUGCUACAUAUUACGGGGCUUUUGUAAAGAAAAGUCCUGCAGGCCAAGAUGAUCAGCUCUGGCUGGUGAUGGAGUACUGCGGUGCAGGCUCUGUCACUGACUUGGUAAAGAAGACAAAAGGGAACUGUUUCAAGGAAGACUGGAUUGCUUACAUCUGCAGAGAGGUUCUCAGGGGACUGGCACAUCUUCAUGCUCACCAUGUCAUCCAUCGUGAUAUUAAAGGACAGAAUGUUCUUCUCACAGAAAAUGCAGAAGUAAAAUUGGUGGAUUUUGGUGUAAGUGCUCAGCUGGACAGGACUAUUGGGAGGAGAAACACAUUUAUUGGCACCCCGUAUUGGAUGGCACCCGAGGUCAUUGCUUGUGAGGAGAACCCAGAUUCUACGUAUGAUUACAGAAGUGACCUGUGGUCUCUGGGAAUCACUGCUAUUGAAAUGGCUGAAGGAGCACCCCCCCUGUGUGACAUGCAUCCCAUGAGAGCCCUCUUCCUCAUCCCAAGGAACCCGCCCCCAAAGUUGAAAUCCAGAAAAUGGUCAAAGAAGUUCCUAAAUUUUGUUGAAAGCUGCCUUGUAAAGCAUUAUUUGCAUCGUCCGUCCACGGAGACCCUGCUGAAGCAUUCCUUCAUCCGAGACAUGCAGAACGAGCGGCAAGUGCGCAUCAUGCUGAAGGAUCACCUGGACAGGACAAGGAAGAAAAAAGGAGAAAAGGAAGAAACAGACUAUGAUUACAGUGGAAGUGAGGAGGAAGAUGAUGAGCUGAAUGAAGAUGAAGGAGAACCAAGCUCCAUAGUUAAUCUCCCAGGGGAGUCUACUCUCCGUCGUGAAUUUCUGAGGCUGCAGCAGGAGAACAAAAACCGUUCUGACCCUCAUCGGCAGCAGCAGCAGCUGAAGGACCAGGAGAAGUACAAGAAGCAGCUGCUGGCAGAGCGGCAGAAGCGCAUCGAGCAGCAGAAAGAGCAGAGGAGGAGACUGGAGGAUCACCAGAGGCGAGAGCAGGAGCUACGAAGGCAGCAGGAGUGUGAGCAGAGGUGGCCAGAGGCAAAGGUCAGUCAGAGGAAAGAGGAAAGGGGUAAAGAAGACAAAAGGGCUGUGGAAGAUGAAUACUUCAUAGUAGAUGGACAGAGAAAAUUAGAAAAGAAGCAGAAGAUGGAAGAUGUGCAGCACAACAGGAAGAUGCACCGAACUCUCCCCAAAGAUCAGACACAGCUGCUAUCUCUCCAGCAUGACCACAAGCAGAAGAAGAAGGAACCUUCCAAGAGUUCAAAUGCAGGAGUGCAUUCUCCAUCAAGCAGCAUGAGCAAAGAGGCUGAGGACCGAGCAAAGAAGAGUGACAGCAUCCAGCCCUCCCUGCAGUGGCCAGCGGCGCUGGGACACGAGGCCACCCCGCAGCCCAGGAUGGGAUCCGGGAGCAGCUCCAGCCCCUGCACCCCCGCACCACAGAGAGCCCUGGUAGUGCAGUGUGACAAUUUCCGGGCUAGUAAGGACGUGUACCACAGCAGCUCCCUGUCAGACAUGGUGACCGCACCGCUCAGCCCCGGGCAGGACGACGUGUUCUGGGGCACAAGCCACAGCAAAGAGCAGCCCCCAAAGGUUCCAGAAAGGACAACCUCGAAAUUUUACAGCAGGGAUCAACCUGGCCAUCAGAGAUGCCUUUCAAGUAAUACUCAUCAGUCAUCCCCCAGGGGACAUGCUCUGAGGCUGAGCAGUAGCGGCAGCACUCCUGGCACCAAGCAGUGGGAGAUGGGAUCUCAUCAGAGCAGCUGGUCAACCUCAGGGAAUCCAGGACUGACCAAGACAGAGAAUGUUUUGUCCCAGAACAACGUGCAGCUGCAUCAGAAGCCUGAAAAAGUUUCUCAUCCAGGCCAGAUCACAAGUCCAGGUUCCUUUGCCAAGGUGAAGGACAGUGCCAACUCCUUGUUAAAAGCACAAGACUAUUCCUCCUCAAGUGAUGAAGUCAGCAGCAGCAGCAGCAGUGAUGAAGAUGACACAAACCACACAAGGCAACUGCUAAGUGGCAGAAUUGCAGAUUUCUCAAGGACAAGGAUACCAGAUGGAAUUGAACUGAAACCCCAAAGCACCGUGGCAGAACAGAAGGAUCAUAUUCUGGGGAAACAAAUUCCAAACACCCAAGAAGGCCUUUGGAGCAUAAACAACCAGAACUAUCUCCUGCCAGAUCUUCUCCAGCAAAGCCAAAUUACAGACUCCUCUGUGAACCCACCACAAGUGCCACUGACUUGCCAGGAAUCUCAGAACAAACCACUGACUAAGAGCCCAUGUGCUGAAAGCCCACCUGCCAAGAGCAGCACAUCCUCCACAGCAUCCUUCACAUCAUUCAUAGACCCGAGACUUCUGCCGAUCACCCCUCCCACCAGUCCAGUAGGACCUUCUUGUAGUUCUCCAUCUAGUGCCAAACCUGAGCCUGUCAGGAGGGAAAAUGCAAGGAAGGGCUCCGUUGUCAACGUCAAUCCAACCAAUAUCCGUCCACAAAGUGACAGCCCAGAAAUCCGUAAAUACAAGAAGAAAUUCAACUCUGAGGUCCUGUGUGCUGCUCUGUGGGGAGUAAAUUUACUGGUGGGAACAGAGAAUGGAUUGUGGCUGCUGGACAGAAGUGGGCAAGGAAGAGUUUAUACGCUGAUUACAAGGAGACGGUUCCAGCAAAUGGAUGUUCUGGAAGGACUCAAUGUGCUAAUUACUAUAUCAGGGAAGAAGAAUAAGUUGAGGGUGUAUUACUUGUCAUGGUUGAGAAAUAAAAUUUUGCGCAAUGAUCCAGAGGUGGAGAAGAGGCAAGGCUGGGUGUCUGUGGGUGACCUGGAAGGCUGUGUGCACUACAAAGUCGUAAAAUAUGAGAGAAUCAAAUUCCUUGUAAUCGCUUUGAAGAACUCAGUGGAGGUUUAUGCUUGGGCUCCAAAGCCUUAUCACAAAUUCAUGGCUUUUAAGUCCUUUACCUCACUUCAUCACAAACCACUGUCAGUUGACCUGACUGUUGAAAAUGGGCAGAGACUAAAGGUCAUAUAUGGCUCAGUAGUGGGAUUUCAUGCCAUUGAUGUGGACUCUGGAUCUGUGUAUGACUUGUACCUUCCAACACACAUCCAGGGGACAAUUCGCCCACAUGCCAUUAUCAUCCUCCCGAACACCAGCGGCAUGGAGCUCCUGCUCACCUAUGAAGAUGAAGGCAUCUACAUUGAUAUAUAUGGGCAUUUCACAAAGGAGACUGUUCUACAGUGGGGAGAAAUGCCAGCAUCUGUAGCUUACCUUCAGUCCAAUCAGGUCAUGGGCUGGGGAGAAAAAGCAAUUGAACUACGCUCUGUGGAAACAGGGAAUCUGGAAGGAGUAUUUAUGCACAAGAAAGCACAGAAGCUGAAAUUUCUAUGUGAAAGAAACGACAAGGUGUUCUUUGCAUCUGUACAGUCAGGAGGCAGCAGUCAAAUAUACUUUAUGACUCUUGGUCAAAAUGUACUAUUCAACUGGUAAAGCACAUCGAAAUGAAGAAAAUGAAAAAUUCCCUGUAGGUAGCAGUGUAAAGUUCUCGGAGGUAAUACACACAAAUUUGCACUUGUUACCUACAAAAAUGUUGUCAUUAUUGACUUAUCAAAAUUCAUAUUCUUUCAGCCCAGAAAGAAUUGCAUUUUCCUGUUGAAGUAUUGCAAACAUGUUUAGUUUGUGUUUCAAAGUAUCAAAGUUGCAAACAAAGAUUGUAUUAGAAGACUUUAGUGAAGAAUGUAGUCAAUAUAAGAAGCUCCUGUGCUCUGAAAAAUGGACAGUUUCACUUCCACAGGUGAUGUAAUGUUAAUAUCUUGAACUGAAGUCACUUUUUGUGGCCAGCGACAGCUGUAGGUAGAUAAAAAAAACACAGUUGGAAUCCAUUUUGGAUUGGCUUUGGGCUCAUUUUUCAGUUUAAGCAAGCUGUUACUGUGUCACCAAGAUGAACUUCAGUGACUUGUCCAAGCCUUUCAACAGUGAAAGAGUAAUGGUUUGUGGAGGGUUCCAGUGCAGACCAGAAGGCUUGACGGAUCCUCCCAACUUGGACCUUGAGGGAUCAUCACCUGUGCUGAGUGGACAGGUGUGUUUCAGUACAGAGUUGUAAAAACAAUUGAUUCUGAACAUGUGCCACAUCUGGAAGAUUUUUACAAAUUCCUGGAGCUGGGGGGAGAGGACAGAUAUUGUUUUUUUUCUCAGGGCUGGAUUCCUGAGCCCAUAGACACAGUUACUGUAGGAUGUAUUGUAAAAACAGUUUAAAUAGUCUAUCAAAUUAUAGAUGCAUAAAGCAUUAUGAAACAGAACCUCUAAGUUUGAUUCACCCCUGGGACCCACAUUCAUAUAAAUUGAUUUAAAGGCACUACCCAUGUAUGUAAACAAGGGCACAAGAGCAGGCACUUUCUUUUCUUCCUUCUUUCUCUUUCACAUCAAGUCUUUAUGUAUUUGUAUGUAAAUAUUAUCUUUACACAAUGGAUAUUAAGAUUAACAAAUAUAUUCUUAAUAUAGUUAUGAAAAUAUCCAAAGAGUUAAUCUAUUAUAAAUAGAAAAUUUAAAUAAUUCCAGGUGCUUUCUAUGCUAAUUACAUCUAAAUAAAGCCGCAUCUUCUAGUGUUAUUGGUGCCAGUGUUUCUGCAUAAUCUCUGUUCUCAGGGGCUUAUAAGUUGGCCAUAAAACUAUAGAGAUAUAAUAUAUAUAUAUAUAUAUACACAUUAUAUACAUAACCAUGUAUGAAUCAGUUGUAGGGUUUAAUGUAAUCCUCAUGUAGCUGAUUUUUGGAUGUGCUUUGAAAAUGUAAAGCAUCAAAUGUAAUACAAAAGAGCUCAUUCCAGACAUGAUACAAUAGGGGAUAAUGCUGUGGACAAAAGUGAAACCACUAGUUCCAGGGCUUGAAAAACAGCGUUUUUUUAUUUUAAAUAUUUGAUACUGAAAGGUGCAGGGAAAGUGUGUUGGACUAUCUGGUCAUCUACCUCAAGGAUGAUGAUUCUAUGUUAAGAGGGCAGAAACAGAGUUGUUGGAACAGGUGGCUGUGCUGUCCAGUACGUCAGCUCGGGUGCUGGCAGUGAUGCUGUGACUGACAGGUGCUCAGAACUGCUGUCCUGUGUAUGUCAGCAGGGAAUCGAAGUAGGGGUAAUCACCCUUCCCCUUGUCCCCUGUGCUGGCACCUCACUGCUGCAGGCUGGUCAAAGGUGCCUGCUGCACUGUUGCUGUUAUGUUUUUGGCUAUUUGGAGGACUGCACUUUCCAAAGUUAAUAACCUAGCACUUUCCACAGUCACUAGCUUAUCUCAAGAAGUAUAGUGUUUUUUAAUGAAGUAUCUUCUUUUUAAAUGUUUAACUAACAGAAAAAUAAGCCUAAAGCCAUACUAAAAAAUACAGUUAAAUACUCAAAGUGGUUCUUAAUGUAUGUGAGUAAUUAGCUUAUGUGCAGACUUGAAACCUGAAUGGAAACUGCUUGGGCAGAACUGUGUGACAAGAGCUCUGUACGGUUGUAGUAAUGUUCCUGCUUUUUGCCAAGGCCAGGACAAAUCAGCAAAGCCUGGCUUGGCUCCCUGUGCUGCUGAAGACUUGGGCUUGUUGCAUUCAACUCACAAAACAAACAACAGGGGGGGGAAAAAACCCAAAAAACCCCAAUCCCCCCCUCCCCCCCACACACAAAAAAACCCAACAAACAAACAAACAAAAAAACCACAAAAAAACACCCCAAAACCCACAACACAACAAACACAAGAAAACUCCCCCCCCCAAAAAAAAUCAAGUCAAAAACAAACAACAAAACAAACCAAAAGCCAAAACAAGCCCAAAACUACAGCAGAACGAGAGAUAAAAGUUACAAUUAAUAGCAAAAAGUAAAUUUCAGACAAUCAACUUAUCAGCAACUUAGUUGCUUUUCACUUAAAAGUCUGAGAGACCUGUGAAGGAAGAAGAACUUUCAUUUUGCACACAGUAGGCAUUGCAAAACUUGCAAAGCUGCUUGUGCUAUAAGUAAUUAGUGACCCAGGCUGCCCUGUUAUAUUUUUAAAGUGUGCAUAUCUCAGCAGCCUCUGCAUUACAGGGGAUACAUGUGAAUUUUUUUCCCUCUCCUGUUCUAGUGUCGACAGGUAGGAGGCAGAUAUUUUCCUGAUGCUAGGGACUAGUUAAAAAGAAUUUAGCAAAGAACAGUGGGAAUUUAUAACAACAACCCAUAUCAACAGAUUAAAGAAGUAAAUGUGAUCAAACUUGUUUAAGUUUACUGUAGCAGAAAAUUGUGACAAUAAGUUGACACACUGUGAAGAAGUUUAACUCCAUGCUAAAAGAGAAAAAACCCAAACAACCCUAAGUUCAAGAGAGGGAAUAUGCACUAUUACAUUGGGAUUGUAAUUAUUCAUUCUGUUUCCCUCUAUUAGUUCUUUCUUCUUUCUAGCUACAAUUCAAGGCAGUGAGUUGGAUUUUCAUCUUCUAUUCACCAAAAAAAACCCAUUAAAACUUUCCAUGUGUAAUUAUGGAAAGCAUGAGGCACCUAGAGGUGAAUGCUUUUGAAGGAUUUAGAAGUGGUAUUGCAAAUAGCAAUAGCAACUGGAUGCAACAAGGAGAAACCUGUGGCAUUGCCUCUCUGUCAAGAGAUAGUCAGAAUGGUUGAAGAUGAGAAAGAGCCCAGAGAUGUUGAGAAGAGUAACAGAAGAAAGGGGAAGUGAAGAGGAGGGAAAAGCUGAAGAAAAUGAACAGGAGUAGCCAAAGGGGUGGGAGUGGAUGUCUGGCACAGCAUAUUGCUGUAGGAGAAAUACAAAAAGGUUAAAAAAUGUAAAGGAAAAGAAAGCAGCCAAAGAAAUGGAAAGGUCUCUGAAGUGAAUGGGGAGCACUGAAUGAGGGAACGUUUUGAAUAAGUGUUCAGCUCAAAGCAAAAGUGCAAAGGCCAAAAGAAAAAAAUCCAGUAAUCAAGGUUAUCCAGACAUGAUUUUAACUAUGCAAAAUGUAUAACAAAAUGAAAUUACAAGUCUGAGAGGUGUUUCACUAGCUAUACCCCUUCACUAACUUUUAAAACCAAGGAGUGAACUGCAUAAUGUGUUUUUCUAGUGAUGUCACUUUGAUAUGAAAAAAUACUACAGAGGCAGAAUGUUAAGGAUCUAUAUCAUUAACCCUUUGGUACAUGCAGUCUCCUAAUGGCAGGUGGUGCUCAUAAUGUUGCAUUUACCAGACAAGAUUGUGCUAAUGCUGCAGCAAUGUAGAACUGUGUGUAUGUGCCUGCUUUUAUUUUAGGCAUGGGGAACUCUCUUUUGCAGCCUGAACCUUGGCAUGACUUUAAAACCUGGGAACCAUGCAAGUUAUGUACUGUACACUAUGUAUUGUUCUCUAAUGAUGAAAUUGUAAAAUUGAAACAGAAAUAAAAAUACUCUGAAAUUCAAAA